AUGCCGUCAGAAGAAGAGAUACGCUCUGUGCGUUGUGCUCUACGUCUGCGUCUUACGAAUAAAGACGUCCAAGGUUCAAUCGAUACAUGUGAUAGUAAUAACAAUAAAAUCAAGUCAGUUACGCCCAAACAUUGUAAACUUGAAGCAGUGACACAACUUGAGCGACUUUUUGAGCGGACAGUGCAGUUUGGCGAGAACCAGUCAGGAUUCUUACUUGGGUCUGUGGGUAGCUAUAGGCACUCGAUCGUUACAUGUGCAAUGAGUAAUCUGCGUGCUACAUACGGCGACUUUACGGUCGUAUACCUCAAUGGUGUCAUACUGCAGAACGAGCUAGAGGCUUUUAAGGAACUAACGGCGCAGCUAACUCGAGCCACUGCAGUGAAGCAUCCGGCGCUGUCUUACUGGAAUAUGUACGAGUAUCUACGUGGUCUACUUGUCGCCAAAUCCAAUGCAAAUGAUCAUGUGAUCGUCAUCGUAGACGCCUUUGAGCACUUUGUGCAAGAGAAGAGCAAUAACAAACAAAUGUUGCUAUACAACUUGCUUGAUUGGCUUCAGGCAACAGACAUUAAGAUGGGUGUGCUUGGUAUCACGGAUAAUUACAAUGUCGUGGACAAUUUAGAGAAGCGAGUGCGUUCCAGAUUCUCGAACCUCCAGAUCGUUGUUGAACGACCCUCCUUCGCGAAGAUCCGGCAAUAUCUGGUAGACUUGCUCUCUGUCGACAAGAUUCCAUGGGACUUUUACAGCGACCUAAGACAGCCAUCUGCCGAAUACACAGCAGCUUUUUCCACAAGUGUGAAUGAACUGUUUAUGGAGCAAAGUAAGUUCCUUGCGAGUCUCGAGUUUGACUACGACAUCGGCAAGUCGCAGGAUUAUUUUGUACGGCUUACUGCCGCUGCCGUCUAUUACAUAAGUGUUGAUGAGUCGCUACUCACAGCUCAGCAUUUCCGGCUGGCUAGGCACCUGCUAGAGCAAGACCAUCAACUUGCUGUUUUAGAGACUGUUACGGAGCACGGUAUUGCGCUGCUAAUCGGCAUGGGGCAUUUGGAAAAGGGUGGUCAGCGAGUGUUUACGCUGGAAAUGGUAUACUCUCGGUGGGAAAACUUUCUUCGUCAGCACGACAUGCUUGGACAACUGCCAACGCGCAGCGAAGCCCAUAAAGCUUUGGAAAAUCUGCUGCAACUGAAGCUUGUUAUGGGCGCGGGAGACGCUUUCAAGAUUGGGCGCAGUGGGAAAGGUUUAAUGAAACAAGAUCAUUCUGGCUCGCUGCAGCCCGAAUUUCGUGCUGUGCACUUGAAUUUUGCGCCACAAACGCUGGCAGGUGUGAUUCGUAAUGGCAGCAUCAAGUGCUCGACAUUGCUGAAAGAAUGGGCUGUUAGCGGGAGUUGA